AUGGGUUCCUCACCCUCAAAUCAACAAUCUUCCAUUCUCCAGAGUCUGAAUUGGAUGCCGGAAUCGCUGGCGUUUUCACGUAUGAUGCCCGGCGGUGGUGACCACACUACCGCCCCACUGUCGGUCAGCAGCUCUGCGACACCGCGGCGCUACAGCCCGCCUUCGCCUGGAGCAAACGAUCUGAUGGACUUUUUUGGAUCGCCUUCGAGGGAAUGGAAUGGUGUCAAGAUCGAUCGUCUGGCCGCCAGUGUUACGGCGAAGGAGGUCAAGACGAUGUUCAUCUUCAGCGUUGGAUUUGAGGAUGUCAGGAUCAUUCGAAGCGACCCGGCGGUAAAGGGUCCGUACUCGACCGACGCGUAUGUGCGUCUCCAGAACGCGGAAUGCGCACAGGAGGCCGAGCGACUGCUGAACGGCAAAGAGUUCAACGGACACAACAUCACUGUCGCGAUGGUCCCCAGGCCCACUCCAUCCGAGAUCGUUGCGAUGGCAGCCUCUCUGGAGAUGUUUGCACCCGACUUCACAUCGCAGUCACCCUCGAGCUCGGAUGGCCUGACUACCCCCGGCACCAUCGGUACGAAGCCAUUGAGCGAAUAUACAACUGUGGCUUCCCGUCACUUAACAUCACCCAUGGGUAACGGUCACACGGGCAACGGUGUGAUCGGUAGGACCGACUCCGGUCUUGGCAACGACGUUUUCCCGAGCAUGAACGGGAUGGGGCGGGUCGGUGGAAACACCAACGGGAACGGGACCCCUGCGUCAGAUGCCAUGGUGGCUGCGUUGGACCGACUGAGUGUUAACGACCAGAUGAACGGUGGCAUGAACGGUCUUGGUGGCGCUAACGGUUACGAGAACGCCUUCCUGGCCGACAGUUAUCUCGACAACAUGGCCAAUCUCCUUCCCAGCCGCGGAAUGACGCUGGAUCACGACUCCGGAGAGAAUUACGACCCCUUAUCCUUCGCGAGGCCUCGCCGGCAGACCAAUCCCGCCCAGCCCACCACCAGCCGCUUUGGCGGCUUGCCACCACUCUCCACGGUCGGUGUGAAUGGAUAUUCGCAGGCAGGGAUCACAUCGCCCCUCACCGCGCCCCCUGUUGCUGCGCCGGGAUUAACUUCGCCAAUGUCUGUCAACUCGCCAAACGGUUGGCCGGCCUCGGCGGUUAACAAGCAGUACUAUGCCAACAACUUCCCCAUCUCGCACCCUCCAGCCAAUCCCGCCGACCAGAACCCUCCGUGCAACACCCUGUACGUUGGUAAUCUUCCGGCGCAGACAUCGGAGGACGAGUUGAAGGCAAUGUUUUGCCGACAGCGUGGUUACAAGAGGAUGUGUUUCCGCACGAAACCCCAGGGUCCCAUGUGUUUCGUCGAAUUCGAAGACACUCAUUACGCCACCAAGGCUCUGACCGAGCUCUACGGGCGGGCGUUGUCCAACAGCACAAAGGGUGGUGUGCGGCUCAGUUUCUCCAAGAACCCUCUUGGCGUGCGUUCACACCCAACCGGCCCAGCCAAUCCCGGUGCGCCGAAAGUGAACGGCUCCAUCUCUGGAGCGAGCGGUGUUCCUUCCCAUGGCUUCAAUAGUCCAACCGUGCGUGCUCCACCGGGACUUCCGGCGCCAUCCCGUCAGAUGUCGUUGUCCACUCCAACUUCUAGCGACCCCACCGGUCCUCCACCCGGAUUGUUCGGGAAUGGCUCUUCGACGCCGCUGAGGGAACAGAACAGCAUAUUCGGCCGUGGCGGCAUACUCGGUGGUUCGCAGCCCACGUCACGCUUGCCUCCCGGUAUCCCAACCACCGGCUCGGCCUUUUACUCGGGAACCACGCCGGAUCUCCGGUCACCAUUGGACAUGCGUUCUAUCGGCGAUGGAUAUUCUCCCGGACCGGGCGCUAUAGGCACUAGAUAG